AUGGAUCCGCUAAGCAAUAAUUAUAUACUCGCUAUUCAUGUUGACGGACAAUCUCAUAUUCUUAAAUCUAUUAAAUCACGAAAAUCCCAAAAAUCUGGAAAGCUAUAUCAGUUACCGGUUGGUCUAUCAUGGCUUGACCUGUCCACAGGUCAUUUUUACACACAAUACACAGAGUUGCCCAUUCUCUCUUCUAUUCUAGCUCGUAUAGGACCGCGUGAAAUCAUUCUCGACCAAAGUUUCAAAGAUCUGGGUGAACAUGAUCUUUUCACAGUUCUGGGAGAAAGUUCUCAGCUUAUUGCAUACACGGACACGCCUAAUAUCAAAAGUAUUUCCGAAUGGGCUCCUAUGCUUGAGUCUCCAGUCUCUACGCGUGACGCAAAGGAAUUUACACCCAUGGAAGUUUCUGCUGGAAGUUUGCUCUUAAGUUAUCUCAUAAAUAGGCUCCAAGGCUCGAAUCUAAAGCUCAGACCACCAACAAGGCAACUUAACGUGAUGGAUAUUGAUAAAAAUACGAUACGAGCCCUGGAGAUUCGCAGUACGAUGAGUAACUCAACCGUCGGCAGCUUACUACACACUAUCAGGCGAACUGAGACAAAGGGCGGGGCGAGAUUACUGGAAACAUGGCUUAGCUCACCCUCGACGUGUCCUAUUGUCAUUAACUCUCGCCUCGAUAUUGUUACUCACAUAUUAAACAAUAAAAAUUUGCAACAAAAGAUUGUGAUGUUACUUCGUCGAUGCCAUGAUUCGCAUCGUAUACUCCAGAAGUUCGCCUUUGGUCGAGGUAUCCCCGAUGACCUCAUGUCGCUUGCUGGCACUAUAAAAGCCACCCAGGAGCUCGUAUCUGUACUUCACCAUGAUGCUCAGGGUGAAAAAUGCAUUGAAGUUAUGAAGAGCCGUGUACAACUUGAUGGUCCUGAAAAACUUGCCAAUAGCAUCCUAGAUUCAAUAGAUGAAGAAGGAAUUAUCAUUCGGCAACAUAUUGUAGAAGAUGACGCUGAAAAAAUACAAGAACUUGCUGAAACAGUCGUGGCGGCAGAAGGAUCAUUUGAAGACAUCAGCAUUUUGCGAAAGGGUACAGCAAGAAAGAAGAAGCCGAAGAGUAUCCGGGAGCAUUAUAUUGAGGAUGCCGAAACUUGGAUUAUGAAGCCAGAUGCAAGUCCUACACUGACCCAAUUACACGAGAAACUAGUAGCUCUAAAGGCGGAGAAACGGAAGUUGGAGGAAACAUUAUGCGCCGAGCUUGGAGCUACAAGCCUCACACUUCGCUUCACGGCUGGUCUCGGGCACAUUUGCCAUGUCAAAGGUAGGGAUAUAAAAAUUACGCCACAACAGGUAAAAAAUGUGGGCCUCAGUAAGACCACUCGCUCGUUCCAUCAUCCUGAUUGGACAAGCCUUGGCCAGAAAAUCGAUCAAUGUGCAAAUCACAUGCGUAUUGAAGAACAGCGAGUACUCGCAGAGCUACGUGAACAGGUGAUUCAGAAUAUUAUCAAACUUCGUCGAAACGCCACAGUAUUAGAUGAGCUUGAUAUUGCAUGCUCCUUUGCAACACUUGCUGCCGAAAAAAAUUGGGUCCGGCCGAUUGUGAACUCGGGUACCCGCCACAAAGUUGUUGCAGGCCGUCAUCCUACCGUGGAAUCGGGACUAGAAUGUGAAGGUCGUGGUUUUAUCUCUAACGAUUGCUUUGUUGGCGAAAACUGCCGCACAUGGUUUAUUACUGGUCCUAACAUGGCUGGCAAGAGCACUUUUCUACGCCAAAACGCACUCAUUACAGUCCUUGCUCAAAUUGGCUCGUACGUCCCUGCCACUUACGCUGAGAUUGGAAUAGUUGAUCAAAUAUUCAGCCGAAUUGGCUCAGCUGACAAUCUUUACAAGGAUCAGAGUACGUUCAUGAUGGAGAUGCUUGAGGCGGCUUACAUAUUAAAGCAUGCCACGAGUCGAAGCUUUGUCAUCAUGGACGAGAUGGGUAGGGGCACUACAAACGAUGAUGGUGAAGCCAUUGCAUGGGCAUGUCUGUGGCACUUGACCAGUGUUAACAAAUGUCGGACAUUAUUCGCAACUCACUUCCAUAAUUUGAGUGAAAGAGUUGUUCAGAAGGGAUUAGAAGGGGUAGGUAUGUGGUGCACAGAUGUAAUCGAAGAGCGAAAAGGAACUGCCACGGAUUGCUCAUUUCGGUACAUUCACAAAUUAAGAGAGGGUGUUAACAAGCAAAGUCACGCACUCAAAGUGGCGAGACUUGCAGGACUACCAGAAAAGUCUAUAGCGAUUGCACAAGAGGUUUUGAAGGAGCAAAACAUUAUCACAUAA